AUGGACGAGGAAGAUAAACAAGUGAAGCAGAAGACUCUGCAGCAGGAGCAGCAGCAGAUGCAGCAGCAGCAGCAGCAGCAGCAGCAGCAUGGUCUCGCGCUGAGGAGACAGAAGAACUGCCGUUCUUUACUGGGGUGUAUGUACACCUCAUCAGGGUUUCGCUGUUCUUCUUUUUCUUCUUCUCGUUCUUCUCGCGCCCUUUAUUUUGGGGGACGGCCAGAAGACUUUAUGGACGAGGAAGAUAAACAACACGCAGCGCAGGCGGCCAGGGGUAGGGCUCGUGCGUUGCUAGGUGAAGGAGAAGACGCUGCAGCAGGAGCAGCAGCAGAUGCAGCAGCAGCAGCAGCAGCAGCAGCAGCAUGGUCCCGCGCUGAGGAGACAGAAGAACUGCCGUUCUUUAUCAACGCCACGGCUACCUUCACUAGCCAGCCCCAAUGGUGCAUGCAGUCGAUGCAGCAGCAGCAGUGGAUGCGGAGGAUAAUGAAACGCUUCAGCAGCAGCAGCAGCAGCAGCAGCAGCAGCAGCAGCAGCAACAGCAGCAAGGAGAGACAGCGGGGUGCUGCUGCAACCCGAGGCCCCCAGCUGCCCCCCCACGUUGAGGAGCUGCGGCAGCGGCUGCGAGCGCAGCAGCAGGAUAAUCCUGCUGCUGCUGCUGCUGCUGCUGCUGCUGCUGCUGCUCCUACCAGCAGCAGCAGCAGCAGCAGCAGCAGUGGUGGAGGGGGGAAGACGACAGGAGACACGAGAGAGUGUGUAGGAGAAGAAGAAGAAACUGCUGCUCUGCUUGCUGCUGAAGCAGCAGCAGCAGCAGCAGCAGAUGAGUGGGGAUGGGCUGCAGCACAAAGGCUGCUGCGGCUGCAGCCCCGGGGGCCCCUCCGCUGCGGUCUGGGUUUCUAUGAGCAGCAGCAGCAGCAGCAGCAGCAGCAGCAGCAGCAUUUUCCUCUUCCUUCUGUCUCUGCAUCUUUUAGUGGAUUGCAUGAGGAGACAGAAGAAGAGGCGAGAGAGUGUUGGGGUGUAUACGCAGCUUCUGCUGCUGCUGCUGCUGCUGCUGCUGCUGAUGCUGCUGCUGCUGCUGCUGAUGCUGAUGGAGAAGGAGGAGACAGCAGAGAGAAGGAGACAGAAGAAGAAACAGAAACAAACAAAAAUAAAAAUAAAAAUAAAAAUAAACCAGACAGCAGCUGCAUGCAAACAGCAGCAAAAGUAAUGAGGGGCAGAGGCUUCAGCAGCAGCAGCGGGGGUAUUCUUGCUGCAGCAGGAGCAGCAGCAGCAGCAGAACCAUCACCAGAACCAGCAGCAGCAGCAGCAGCAGCAGCAGCAGCAGCAGCAGCAGCAGCAGGAGAUGCAUGCAACCGGCAGCAGCCGCUAUGGGGGGGAGCAGCAGCAGCAACUCGUUUGUCUCUGCUGCAGCAGAUAGGAGGAAGAGAGCUGCAGUGGUGUAGAGAGGGUGCAGCAGAAGCAGCAGCAGCAGCAGCAAGACAACCCUCCUGGCUGCAGCAGCACCAGCAGCAGCUGCUGAGGCGCAACCAGCAGCAGCGCAUGCAGCAGCAGCUGCAGCAGAUGAAACACCGCCUACAUUCUCUCUCUCUUCCUUUUGACACUGCAGCAGCAGAAGAAGGAACGAGCAGCAGCAGCAGCAGCAGCAGCAGCAGCAGCACAACAGCAGCAGCAGCAACAACAACAGCAGCAGCAGCAGCAGGAACAGCAGAAGAAAUAGCAGCAGCAGCUGUACCAGCAGCAGCAGCAGCACCAGAACUGAGCUCACCCACACCACCAGCAGCACCAACAGCAACAGCAGCAGCAGCAGCACCAACAGCAGCAGCAGCAGCAGCACCACCUGCAGCAGCAGCAGCAGCUGCUGCUGCUGCUGAAACUGCUGCAGGAGGUGCCUGUACACCCGGAGCAGAAGCAGCGUCUCUAUUACCUCCGCAUACACCCCACGCAGCUGCCUAUACACCCCACGCAGCUGCCUAUACACCCGAAGCAGCUGCCUAUACACCUGAAGCAGCAACUGCUUCUGUUGCAGCAGCACUUCGUGCUGUUGCAGCAAUCAAUGCGGGGGCCCCCCCUGAGUCUCUUAUUAAAAAAGGAGACGAUCUGUCUCUGUCUCCUUCUGCUGCUGCUGCUGCUGCUUCUUCUUUUUCUUUUUCUUCUCUCAGCAGCAGCAACAAACAAACGCAAAAUAUAAUAGAAGGAGCUCAAUACUUCUUCGCUGCACCCAGGACCCUCCAAGGGGGCCCCCAGGGGCCCCCCCACGGUAUGCAGGGGCCCCCAGGGGCCCCCGAGGGUACGGAGGGGCCCCCAGGGGCCCCCGAGGGCACGGAGGAACCGCCUGGGGGCCCCCAGGGUACAGAGGGGCCCCCGGGGGGCCCCCAGGGUACAGAGGGCCCCCCAGGGGUUGGUAGGGCUGCGCGAGUAUGUAGGGGCCCCGCAGAAGCUGCAGUGUUUGCUGCUGCAUACGAGCGUAUAAAGGAGCAGCAGCUGCUGCUGCAGCAGCAGGAAGCAGCAUAUAGAGAACUGCAGCAGGAUACCCUGGCGCGUUUAGGUAUAAGGACGCAGCAUAACACACAAGAAGCAGAACCCAGCAGCAGCAGCAGCAGCAGCAGCAGCAGCAGCAGCAGCGGCAGCAGUAGUAGUAGCAGCAGGUCAACUGCAGCAGCAGCAGGACCAGCAGCAGCAGCAGCAGCAGAAGGUGUGAUAAAGAAGAUGCUGCCGCUGCUGCAGCGGGAGCGUCAGUCUGCUGUCUUUGUUCCUUCUCCUCUUCUCUGCAAGCUCUGGGGGGUACCGGACCCCUGGGCUAAUGUUGCUCAAGUGGAGCUGCUGCGUCUUAUGCGGGAGCAGCAGGCACCAGCAGCAGCAGCAGCAGCAACUGCUGCUGCUGCUGCUGCUGCUGCUGCUGGCGUUGGUGCUGCUGCUCCGGCUGCUGCAGUAGCGGGGCCUUCGGGUGUACGUGCAGCUCAGGCGGAGACCCCACAGGUGCAUGUGCUGCAGCUGCAGGGCAGCUCAGCAGCAGCAGCAGCAGCAGCAACAGCAGCAGCAGGAGCAGCAGCAGAAGCAGAAGCAGAAGCAGCAGCAGAUGAAGAGGAGUUGCUGCCAGGGUUAAUACAAAACACCAACGAAAAUUUGGGGCUGUUUAAUGCCAUAUUUGAUGCGGAGGAGAGCGAGGAGGAGACACCCACAUAA